AAAUGAAGAACAAAAGAGGGGAAGAUUCCACAUAGAAAACAUAAAUGAAAUAACAGGUCCCCUUCCCAUGGCCAAAAGAUUCAUGCCCACAUUCUCAAAAUUGGAUUUUCACCCGACACCAACAUUUCCAUCAAAUUCCUCAUUCUCAACAUACAAUCUGGCUGUUUAUCCUAUGCCCGAAAGAUAUUCGAUCAAAUGCCCAAACCAACCGUCUCCUCCUAUAAUUCAAUGAUUGCAGCCUACCUCAAACAAGGUCAAGCUGGAGGAUCUCUGAAUUUGAUCCGCAAACUCACUCCCUCAAAUGAAAAACCAGAUGGGUUCACGUUUUCCUUGAUUUUGAAACUGCCUACAACAGCUACGUGUGAUGUAAUGUUGUCUUGUGAUAUUGGGAAGUGCACUUAUACAUGUACUCAAAAUGUGGGAGAACUGAGGAAGCACGGAGAAUUUUCAACUAUAUGCCAGAAAAGAAUGGCCUUUCAUGGACUUCCAUGAUUGAUGGGUAUGGGAAGAAUGGAAAUCCUACAGAAGCACUUGAGCUCUUCAACAAAAUGCAAAUAGAUUAUGAAAUUAAACCCAAUUAUGUUACAGAAGAAGAAGAAGGAGGAAAGGAAGAAGAGCUGGGGAAGUGGGUUCGGUUAGGAGGUUUGGAAGACGAUGCGGACGACGACAGUGCAGUCAUAGGCGACGGUGGAAGGCUGUGCUUGAACGGCCGCGACGGGAUCACCCUUCCUUUGAGUAGGGAGUGGAAGAACAGGAGAAGAUGAGAAGA